AGGGGGGAAGAAGAAAGCUACAACAUGGCGGCUGCAUCCAUUCCCAAGAAGUGAGAGCUGUGAGAAGUGAAGCCCCAGAAGCAGGGCUAGCUUUGACCGGAUCAGGUGCUCGUCUCCGGGUGCCAGCCCCUUCGGCUUCCCUGUGCGUCCCAGCGGCAGUGGGCCUUGCAUCUCUCCACCGUGCAUAGCCAUGGGGGUGCAAGGUUUCCAGGAGUUCGUGGAAAAGCGCUGCCCAGGGGCCGUGGUGCCUGUAGACCUGUUGAAGCUGGCCCGGACCGUAGGGGGCCGUGGAGGCGGGGGCCCUGCCUAUUGUGCCACCUUCCACCCGGCAGCUGCCUACUCCCACCCAGCUGGGGCAGCGCCAGGGCUGGCGCCGAUGGUCGGUGCCAGCGCAUACCCGCACUCUCAGCAUGCCCCGGGGCUGGCACCUGCACCACCCUGCCCAGCUCGGCUCCUGGUGGAUGCUGAUUCUGCUUUGCAGCGCCUGUAUGGCGGCUACCAGACUGAUUGGGUGUGUGGGGGCCAGUGGAAUGCGAUGGUGGGGUACCUGGCUGCCCUUUCUCAGGCUUGCCUUUAUCAAGGUGGGCUGGAGUUAGCUGUCAUCUUCAAUGGAGGGCUCGGAAAGGAGAGGCUGCCCGAGUGGGGCAGGAAGGCCCAAGCUGAGAGACAGACAGCUCAGCUAAUAGCUGGGCAUGUGGGCAACAAAGGUACCCCACCACCCCGAGCCUGGUUUCUUCCUCCUGCCUGCUUGGGCCACUGCAUCCGCCUGGCCAUGAUUCGGUUCCGGGUCAAGGUGUUCCAGAGCCUGGAAGAUCAUCAUCAGGAAGUUGUAUCCUUCUUCCAGGAGAACGGUUUCCACGGGCUGAUUGCCCAUGACUCAGAGUAUGCCCUGUGCAACAUACCUUCGUAUUACAGCUCCCAUGCCCUCAAGCUGAGCUGGAAUGGCAAGAACCUUACCACCAACCAAUUCCUUAUGCAAGAAGUGGCCAAGCAGCUGGGCCUCAAGCUGAGCAGCUUCCCUGUGUUUGCUGCCUUGCUCGGGAACCACAUCCUUCCGGACGAGGAUCUGGCUGCCUUCCACUGGAGCCUGCUUGGACCAGACCACCCUCUGGCUUCACUUAAGGUGCGUGCCCACCAGCUGGUCCUGCCACCCUGCGAUGUGGUCAUCAAGGCUGUGUCUGAGUACGUCAGCUCCAUCAAGAACCCCUCCAACCUGGACAUGAUAGGGAGAGAUGUCUUCAAGCACUCCCAGUCCAGGACCGAAGAUAAAAUUGAACGUUUCAAGAAGGCUGUAGAGUAUUACUCAGUGGCCACGAAGGCACCCUCUGCACCAGUGGGCCAGUCCCCGUAUGUUCUCUCAGCUUUUGGACCCAACCACUUUGGAGGGUCAGCACCUGUGAAUCGCAAUCCAGUAGUGCCGCUCUCUUCUGGGAAGGCCAUGUUUCCACCCCCGAUGGGGCCAAAGAUGCAGUACCAGCCGCCUGCCCCCCAUGGUGGUGUUGCCACUUCCUCGUCAUUUCUUCCCGGUCCUGGGUCCAAUUUUUUCUUCUCUCCGCAUGGCCUGACGGAUGCGGCUGCCCCUUUUCAUGAAGACCCUGCCUUGAAAGGGGGACACUACAACAACUGGCCGGCAUCUUACGAUAAUUGUGCUGCCAAGUUUGCCAACCACCAUCUCAGUUCCAAACCUUCUCCAUCAUCCGGGCCUGGCUCUUCACCCUCUUCCUCAUCGGAUGGAGAAGAACACAAUGGAACCGGCAUCAACCAUGUGUCAGAAACCGUACCUCCUCGCAAGUCUGGCUGGGAGGACCCAGGGGGCGAAAAAAUGAUGAACCAAGGCUGGGGGCAGGCGCCUGGGAGUACCGGCAACCCAGAGAGGAACCUGAGUGGAUCUGCCGAGAACCACAUCCCUUCGCUGCUCUCCAUGGCAACCCGCAACCACAUGGACAUCACCACGCCACCUCUUCCACCAGUGGCCCCCGAAGUGCUUCGUGUGGCCGAACACAGGCAUCGCCGGGGACUUAUGUACCCUUUCAUCUAUCAUGUCCUUACCAAGGGUGAAAUAAAAAUUCCUAUCUGCAUUGAAGAUGAAUGUAACACAGAACUGCCCCCAGCUGCUGUCCUUUUUCGGGCUGCCCGGCAAUACGUCUACGGUGUCCUCUUCAGUGUGGCCGAGACUCAGCGGCGGAUGGAACGGCUGGCUGUGCGUAAGCGGGUCCCUGUGGAAACUCAUCCAGUGAUCAUCAAGGAAUGGUCAGCAUACAAAGGCAAGUCACCCCAGACUCCGGAGUUGGUCUCAGCCCUGGCCUUUCGAGAGUGGACCUGCCCCAACAUCAAGAAGCUUUGGCUGGGCAAAGCAGUGGAAGACAAGAACCGCCGCAUGAGAGCGUUUCUGGCCUGCAUGAAAUCAGACACGCCAGGCAUGCUCAACCCUGCUAACGUCCCCACGCAUCUGCUGCUGCUGUGUUGUGUGCUAAGAUACAUGAUACAAUGGCCUGGCGGUCGGAUCCUGCACAGACAUGAGUUGGAUGCUUUCCUGGCUCAGGCUGUGUCUGCUCAGCUGUAUGAGCCAGAUCAGCUUCAAGAACUGAAGAUUGAGAAACUGGAUCCCAGAGGAGUUCAGCUGGCUGCUUUGUUGAUGAGCGGAGUGGACACCGCUCUCUUUGCCAACGACGCUUGUGGGCAGCCUGUGCCCUGGGAGCAUUGCUGUCCAUGGAUCUACUUUGAUGGGAAGCUCUUCCAGAGUAAGCUGAUCAAAGCCACACGAGAGAAGGCCCCUCUGAUAGACCUCUGUGAUGGACAGGCUGAGCAGGUGUCCAAAGUCGAGAAGAUGAGGCAGAGUAUCUUGGAAGGCAUCAACCUCAACCGCCAGGCCCCACCACCUUUGCUCCCCCCUCCCCCCUUUGUCUCCUCCAUGGCCCCACCUUUUUAUCCUCUGCCUAUCUACCCUCGCACGGUUGGCUCCAUUCAGCCCCCAGGCCCUGGGAGGACCAGAGGCUUCACGGGGCUCCAUCCUAUCCCACCCCAGGGAGGCAAACUGGAGAUUGCAGGGAUGGUGGUCGGCCAGUGGGCUGGGAGCAAACCCUCCCGGGGGCAGGGCUCCUUCGGCAUGCAAGUUGUGUCGGUUGGAGGCCCUGGGAAAGGCCGUGGCCGUGAUGGCUCUGGGAAAAUUCCUAAAGGAAACAAGAAAGUGAACAAGCAGGGCUCUACCGAUGGACCCGCAAAGACAACAGAAUUGAGCAGCAGCAGCAGCAGCAGUAACAAUAGCAGCAACAGUGGCGGCGGCGGCAGUGGCAGCAACAGUAGCCCCCAGUCCCAGGUGAAUGGGAACGGGGGCACCACCUCUGCAGCGGGUGAGGACCCAGCCGUUGGAGCAUACCCCGCAGCCACAUCACCUUGUGCCUUAACCAGAGACACUGACUCGUGCAAUAACAAUGGCACGUUCUUCGGGACCCUGAGCGGGGACCCUGAGCGGUGCCCGGAGAACAAGCUUCCCUUCCAGGCUCUACAGAAAGAGGAGUGAACAGGAGCCGCUGGGGCUCUGAUUGGCCGGCAAUUGGGGGGCAGGAGUGGGAAGAGGAGAAGUGGCAACUCCCCCCCCCCUUUGGCAGCCAGGAGUGGGGCAGGGAAGGGUUAGCAGUGGAAGCACUUUUGUAAAUCCAUGGAAUGCCAACAUUAUCAAGUGCUGGUGGUCGGGACUGUACAGGGUUGAGCAGACGAAGGAGGAGUUGCUUCCCUGAUAGCUCAUACUGUGCGUUUUGGAGGGUUCCUACAGUGAGCUCUGAUCACUAGUGGAUUGCAGCGUGGGUAACAUGGAAUGUUCAGGAUGUGACCACUUCCGCUGUUUGCACUCCUGCCCUUCUUGAAUUUGCCAUCGUGCCAAUCAGAUCCAUGACGGCGGCAUCAUUUUUUCUUCUUUUUUAAAUUUAUUUGAAUUUGUUUUUCUUUUCCUUUUUUUUUAAUUUUAUAGGGGGGGGAGUCUUUUUAAGGGGCAAGAAUUCUGGGUUUUGGGAAGGGGAUAUUUUUAAAGGAGAAAAAAAAAGCCGGCAAGGUUUUAUUUUAAAAUGGGGCAGAUUUUUCCUGCCUGCCUUGUUCAUUUCUUGCCAGCUCCCCCACCAUCAGACCAAAUAGCAGUAUUGCUCUGAGGAAUGAUGGUAACGGGAUGGAAUAAAGUGGGGGAGGCAAAUGAUUUUUAAAAGAGAGAAAGAGAGAGUAGCACAGCUGUUGCAAAGCAUACACCACGUGUGUAUAGUGGUCAGCAUGUGCAUUUUAUUAUAUAUAUGAAAGAGAGAGAUAGAGAUUAUAUUUAUAUAUAACAUGAAUAGAGCUAUAUAUAAAUAUGAACGCGGCAAACCCAGAAAUGGGUUGAAAUGUUCCCGGGAGAUAACUUGCAUUCUGAAGCGCUAUGCGUUUUAUGAAUUAAAGACCUGCUUCCAUAGUUCCCAGCACUUAGCCUUGCCAGCAAGGCGGCUGGGCUGGAUGAGGCUGGUCUCCCAAUACCAGACAGAAAAUUUAUUAUCUUUCAAACAGACAAGCACUUACUGUUAUGUACAUUUUUCCAGGACCCUGAAUCAAUGGAUAUAGUCUUGGAGCUGGAAAGGAGGGUGUGGGUGGAUUGCCAGCCAAUUGAGAAGUGCCUCAGGGGUUUGUGGAGAAAAAGGCAUCAGUCCUAACCCAGAGCCAUCAGAGUGGUGGUGAUCCUAUCCUGGGAUAGGAUGGCUUGGGAGAUCUGACACUGUUCAAGUGGCCAUGGCUUCUCCUUCUCUGUAGACAGGGCUGUAUGUACUCGGUCACAUCAGCACAGUCUUAAGUCUGAUAUAGAAAUUGAUAGUCUAGGAAUCCCAGGUUGUCAUAUAUUUUUUAAAAAAUUUUGAGUCUAGAAUUCAAGUACCAUUUUUAGCAAUAAUAAUUAUGGGGAAAAUUUGUAACUUUCUAGUGCCGUGCACAACUCCUUUUCUUUGUCUUGCUGCUGUGUUUCCUUUGUCGUUGUGCCCCUUUGGGUUUCCUAAUCUUUCUGUUCUUGGGCCGUUUCUUCCCAUUCUUGCUUGGCUUGUCGCUCUGCAGUCCUUCUUAAAACACUGGAAAACAGAGAUGGGCAUGAACCACGGUUUGGCUGCUUGGUGCGGCACUCGCACACAUGUUCUGUGGGUGCCACACACUUCCCUCCCCCACCUCCUCUGAGUUAUCGCCCACUCACCCACCAGCAGCAGCGUGCUUCCCUCCUUGCCUCCUCUGGGUGACUGCCCACUCAGAGACAGCACCUUGGGCUUCCCUGCCCCACCUCUUCCUCUGAGAGGGCGGCUGCCAGAGGAGGUGGAAGAGAGAUGCCAGCUACUUGCUGCCAGUGUGUGGCCAAUUGCCCCCAGGAGGCAGGAGAGAGAAGCGUGCGACACCUGCGGCGGACCUGUGCAGGUUGUGUCCAUCUCUACUGGAAAACGUUGGAUUUCAGAAGCUAAGUAAAUAGUAUCAAAUAAGCUAUAAACAUGUACAAGAGGUGUGUAAUAAUUUUUUU